CAGGUCCAAGCUUCUGUGUUGAGAGAAGAGGCUGAAAUGCCACCCAAAAGGUGACAGAGGUGCAGUUACAGGGGCAAGCUGUUGACUGCUCUGGCAGAGGACAAUGUGUGUGGGUCCCUCCCUGUCCAUCCUGCAAGGAGAGGAGCGAGGUCUGGGGACUCCAGAGAAGGAGCAUGAGCAAAGCACAUGAGCAGGAUUUUAACUAAAGUCCUCUCCCCUACCAAAGCUCUUCCUCUGAGUGGACCCCAUGGCCUGGUAAGCAAUACCCCAAGAAAGUAAGGACAAGGGAGCUGCAGGAUGUGGGUGAGGAAGAUGUUACCAUGCUGGGGCUGAGCACGGGUCUGGAGCACAACCAUGACCAACGACUCCACCUGCACUGAAACAGACCUCAAACCCUACUACGCCAUUACAUACACCUUCAUCCUCAUCCCUGGACUGAUAGGAAACACCUUGGCCCUCUGGGUCUUCUACGGGUACAUGAAAGAAACUAAAAGGGCCGUGAUAUUCAUGAUCAAUUUAGCCAUCGCUGACUUAUGGCAGGUUUUGUCCUUGCCCCUGAGGAUUUUUUACUACUUGACAGGGACGUGGGAGUUUGGAAGAGGCCUCUGCAUGCUCUGCUUCUACCUGAAGUACGUCAACAUGUACGCAAGCAUCUACUUCUUGGUCUGCAUCAGUGUCAGGCGUUACCUCUUCCUCAUGCACCCCUUCAAAUUCAGUGACUGCAGACGCAUCUGUGAUGUGUACAUCAGCAUCCUGGGCUGGGUGCUGGUCUGCGUUGGCUGUUUGCCUUUCCCACUCCUCAGGCUCCAGAGGGAUGCUAACAACACGUGUUUCGUGGACCUCCCCGUGGCACAAAUUGGCCUCCCCACCUCCAUUGCCAUGGUGACAACAGGGGAGCUGCUGGGCUUCGUCACGCCCCUCAUCAUCAUCCUCUACUGCUCCUGGAAGACCAUCUUAUCACUAAAAGAAAAAAAUUCUGCUUCACAUGACCUCGGAGAGAAAAAGAAAGCUUUGAAGAUGAUUCUCACCUGCGCUCUGGUCUUUCUGAUUUGCUUUGCACCUUACCACAUCAGCUUCCCUCUGGAUUUCUUUGUCAAAACCAAAAAAAUUGAGAAUGGGUGUGCCCAGAAGGUGAUCUCUGUGUUCCACGCUGUAGCCCUGUGCCUUGCCAGCCUGAACUCCUGUGUGGACCCAGUCAUCUACUACUUUACAACAGAUGAGUUCAGGAGACGCCUUUCCAGGCAGGAUUUGCAGGACAGCAUCCAGCUCCACACCCUGGCUUACAUCAGGAAACACACCAGAGCUGUGCUCAGGACGGACACCAUGGACUAUUAGUGCUGCCCUUCCCCAGAUGCUUGCCAGGAAUUCAAAUGUUCACUAUAUUUGGGGGUUUGGCCCCAUUUUUUUUUUUUCCCCCUGGGACACUGUGAGUGAAGACUCAGACAAACUUCUGAUCCCAGUGAGGGGCAGAGAAAAAAGCCCCCAAGUCCCCACUUGACUGAAAAUGUGCUUAUAUAAUAUUUUGGUUCCAAUUUUCCCUGAAUAGAAACAUAAAUAAUUACUGUGUAAUUCCCUCGGGCCCUAUUUCUCCAGCAGCAGGAGGACUGAUACCAGCUCUCUGGUACCAAUGAUAGGACCAUCAGACCCAGCCAGGUCCUGGUGAGGCACCCUGCCUUCCUCAGGAGGCAGCAAAGAUUCUGGGGGUCCUGCAGAAAUAAUUUGAUUUUAAAAGUUAGUAGAUGGCACAAUAUUGUGUAUUCCUGAAGCAAAAGACAGUCCAACAAUGACUAAUUUCUCUGCAGAGUGCCAAGAGCUUCCCUUAAGCCACACUGACUACAGAGGCAGCAGAGUAAGGAUUUGCCAUGUAAAUAAUUAACAAAGCUCCCAUUCUGGGGUGUAGCAAAUCACAUAACCCCUCACAUCACAAAGUCAUUGAAGUGUUCAGGGGAUGUUUUUCUGCCCUCAGUUCCCAUUUCUGGCUCAAAAGCCCUAAGUGUGAAGCCAUUAGCACUGCCUUGGAUAUGCUUUAAUUACCCAGGCCAGAUCUCCAUCACACCUUUCAGGUCCUCUUUUCACCAAAGAUGGGGCAAAUUAUUUCCCUUUCACAGAUAACUGACCCUGCACCAUCACAUCCACUCAUCAUUAACAGCAGUGUGAAAAAGAACAGUCAGAGGAACCAAACCUUCCAACAUUUUUCUACAAUAUGAACUCUUUAAAGCAAAGUCAAAGGUG